AUGGGCCUCGACAACGACACCCGCGGAUGGGUCAUGACCUGUAUAAGCGGCGUUGCCUGCAUCAUCGGCGCAUCAGUCAUCUGUAUCGAUGUCUUCGUACGGCUGUUUCCUGGUAUGAAGGACUUCAGAGUGGCAGAGAGCGAAGCCUUCCUAUCUGCAUCGCUAAGCCUCAGCAUGGGCGUCAUGCUCUUCUCCGCACUAUACUCAAUGCUGCCACAAUCGAAAAUAUACCUACAAGAUGGUGGCUAUACUGCUAGAGAGGCCUCUCUAUUGCUGAUCGGGCUGUUCCUGAGUGGCGUCGUGGUUAUCCGACUCCUUUCGACUAUACUACACCACCAUGUUCCGACACAGGCCGUAGACUGCGACCACAGUCAUGACGAGGAGGACGGCGCAGUGGAACAUGUCAAUGAGCAAUCCCCUCUACUCUCGAAACCCAACGGCCACAGCCAUGAGUCUCCUACACUGUCAAGAUCUGAUAGCAUACAUCCACCGAAAAGGAGUUCUCUACCAGCCCGGAAGCCGUCCGACGACAACAGCUUUGUCACUGCACCCACCUCCAGAAGGCCUUCAAUGAUGCCCAGGAAGUUGACGAGGACAUUGACGCGCUACGUAUCUGGCGAGAAGGAGAACUGCGAUGAGAACGGUCCGUGUAUGGGCUUCUCAGAUCCUUGUGGCACAGAUUGCUUCAAGAGUGUGCAGCGCAGGCCAUCUCGGAAGGUCACCUACAGGUCUACGAACUUGCAGCCAAUAUCGCCCGUCCCAGAAAUGGAACAGGAUCAGGAACAGCAACCAGGAACUUCUAGCAGAAGAGACUCCGCCCACUCUCACCACGACGCCCACACCGAGCAUCAUCACCAUGUUCCGACCAACGCCUUUAUGUCCAUCGGCCUCCAAACCUCAAUAGCGAUUGCUCUACACAAGGCGCCGGAAGGCUUCAUCACCUACGCAACAAACCACGCCAAUCCCACACUGGGAUUCGCCGUAUUCAUGGCUCUAUUCAUCCACAACAUCACAGAAGGCUUCGCCAUGUCCCUGCCACUGUAUCUUGCCCUCGGCUCACGCUUCAAAGCCAUCGUCUGGUCUUCUAUCCUCGGCGGCCUCUCCCAACCACUUGGAGCCGGCAUUGCAGCAUUGUGGUUCAAGCUCGCCGCCAAGCAUAAGCUCGGCCUCGGUAACCCAAGUGAAGGUGUUUACGGCGGCAUGUUCGCAGUCACUGCCGGAGUCAUGACUAGCGUGGCAUUGUCGCUGUUCUCCGAGAGCAUGGAGCUAAGUCAUAGGCGUGGUUUAUGUAUUGCAUUCGCGUUCAUUGGCAUGGGUGUAUUGGGCUUCAGUUCGGCUUUGACAGCUAAGGACUAA